AAAAAGCUGCGACUCCUUGGCCUCUCUUUCUCGAUCGCUCUUUGAUAUUUUGUUUUUGUUUUUUGUUUUGGGAUUUUGCCUCAUUGUUUGGGGGGAACUCGAAUCUGAUCUAAACUUUGCAGAAAUCGUGAGAUAAAGGGGAGAAAUCGCAUGAAAUUGUAUAGGAAACUGGGUUUUACAUCUCCGAUUUCAAAUUACUUGAGUGAUAAUCGGUGUCUUCUGAUCUCAAUUCUUAGUUUUUCUCCUCACUUGCCGAUUUCGCUCUUUCUUUUCGAGCAGAAAUCGUUAGAUCCUUUAUCGCUCAAUAACAAUAAUAAUAAUAAUAAUAAUAGUAUUAGAAUUGAGAGCCCAUCAUUGUUGAAUCAUGGAGUCCGGAGCCAAAACUAAUCGUCAGCUGCGUAAAGCUAUUUGCGUCUCAACCGAAGAGAAGAUGAAGAAGAGCUCACCUUCAGUAAUAGUGAUUGGUGGUGGUAUGGCUGGGAUUUCAGCUGCUCGCACUCUUCAAGAUGCUUCCUUUCAGGUUGUGCUUUUGGAGUCUCGUGACAGAAUUGGUGGACGUGUUCAUACUGAUUACUCAUUCGGUUUUCCUGUUGAUCUGGGUGCAUCUUGGUUGCAUGGUGUCUGUAAAGAAAAUCCUUUGGCUGCAGUAAUUGGGAGAUUAGGACUACCCCUUUAUCGUACUAGUGGUGACAACUCAGUUUUGUAUGAUCACGAUCUUGAAAGCUAUGCUCUAUUCGACAAGGCUGGUAACCAAGUCCCUCAAGAAUUGGUAACAAAAGUUGGCGAAAAUUUUGAGCACAUUCUGGAAGAGAUAUGUAAAGUCAGGGAUGAGAAAGAUGAAGACAUGUCAAUAGCUCAAGCCUUUUCUAUUGUAUUCAAGAGGAACCCUGAAUUAAGGUUGGAGGGGAUUGCCCAUAAUGUGCUUCAGUGGUACUUGUGCCGCAUGGAAGGAUGGUUUGCUGCUGAUGCUGAAACCAUCUCAGCAAAGUGUUGGGACCAGGAAGAACUGUUGCCCGGUGGACAUGGUCUUAUGGUUAGAGGGUAUCGCCCUGUUAUCAACACUCUCUCGAAAGGUCUUGAUAUACGAUUAAGCCACAGGGUUACCAACAUUACAAGACGCCACAGUGGAGUGAAGGUAACUACAGAGAAAGGAGACACCUUUGUUGCGGAUGCUGCAGUCAUUGCUCUUCCUCUCGGAGUCCUAAAGUCAGGAAUGAUAACAUUCGAACCAAAGCUUCCACAGUGGAAACAAGAAGCUAUCAAUGAUCUCGGUGUAGGAAUCGAGAACAAGAUCAUAUUGCACUUUGACAAUGUCUUUUGGCCUAACGUAGAGUUUCUGGGAGUGGUUGCAGAAACUUCGUACGGAUGCAGUUAUUUCUUGAACCUGCAUAAAGCCACUAGCCAUCCUGUCCUUGUUUACAUGCCAGCUGGUCAGCUUGCUAGAGAUAUCGAGAAAAAGUCUGAUGAAUCAGCUGCAAAUUUUGCCUUUUUGCAACUCCAGAAAAUUCUUCCAGAUGCAUCUUCACCGAUACAUUAUUUGGUAUCAAGGUGGGGAUCAGACAUAAAUUCAUUAGGAUCAUAUAGCUAUGACAUGGUGAACAAACCUCACGACCUCUAUGAGAGGCUGAGAGUGCCAUUGGAUAAUUUAUUCUUUGCUGGGGAAGCCACUAGUUCGAGCUACCCGGGAUCAGUGCACGGUGCUUAUUCAACCGGAUUGCUGGCCGCUGAAGACUGCAGGAUGCGUGUGCUAGAGCGCUAUGGAGAGCUUGAGCAUGAGAUUGAAGAGGAAGCUCCUGCCUCAGUCCCUCUUCUGAUCUCCCGUAUGUAGUUUAAACCAGAGGUUUAGUUUGUAGUUUCCAUAUGAAAACAUUGUUAGAAUGGAUUUGAUUAUUAUGAUUUCAUGUGAUAUAACUUCAAAAAUAAAGCUUAUGAGACUUCACUA